AUGAUUCCUUGCCUGACCAUCUUGGUUCUCCGCAUCCUGGUAACUGUGUCUUUGGGCCAGACUUUCCAAUUCCAAGAACAUGUCUUUCUCCAAUUGCUGGGCUUAGACAAAGUGCCCUCACCCCAGAAGUUCCAACCUGUGCCUUCUAUCUUGAAGAGAAUUUUCUGGGAUGGAGAGGCAGCAGCAACCAAUGGGGGCUCCCGAGAUUUAUGCUACCUAAAGGAUCUCGGUACGCAUGGGAACAUAGUCCGACAUCUCCUGGAUCAAGGUCUCUUUCUUUACUCAGAGAAACUUCCUCAAGCCUCCCCUUGCCUGCGGAAGCUGCUCUACUUUAACCUGUCUGCCGUUCAAGAUACGGAGCAGCUAACGAUGGCCCAGCUGGGCCUAGAUUUGGGGCCCAACACUUACUAUAAGCUGGGACCGGAACUGGAGUUGGCUCUGUCCCUGGUUCAGGAGCCUCACGUGGGGGGCCAGUCCAUCCCCAAACCAGGGAAAAGGCUCGUGUUACAGUCAGUCCCAUGGCCUCAAGGAGUUGUGCGCUUUAACCUGCUGGACGUGGCGAAGGUUUGGAAUAACAACCCCAGGGAGAACUUAGGUUUGUUGCUAGAGAUACUGGUCAAGAGGACCAGAGACCCGGGGGUGAAUUUUCAGCUUCAGGACACCUGUGCCAGACUGAGACAAUCCCUUCAGGCUUCCCUGCUGGUGGUGAGUCUCAACCCGGAGCAGUGCCACCCUUCAUCCCGAAGAAGGAGGGAAGCCAUCCCUGCCCCUAAAGCUUCUUGCAAGAACCUCUGCCAUCGUCACCAGCUGUUCAUCAACUUCCGGGACUUAGGCUGGCACAAGUGGAUUAUUGCUCCCAAAGGGUUCAUGGCCAACUAUUGCCAUGGGGACUGUCCUUUCUCCCUGACCACCUCCCUCAACAGUUCCAAUUAUGCUUUCAUGCAAGCCCUGAUGCAUGCGGUUGACCCAGCGAUCCCCCGGGCUGUCUGUAUCCCCACCAAGCUGUCCCCCAUUUCCAUGCUCUAUCAGGACAAUGAUGACAAUGUCAUUUUACGACAUUAUGAAGACAUGGUGGUUGACGAAUGUGGAUGUGGGUAG